GAUGUCAUAGCUUGUGCUUGUCGGUACUCUGCCUCCCUAUCCGCUCUCCAUCCUUCUCUCUCUCUUUCUCCCUCCAUCUCUCUCUCAUCAUUGUGAAGGACGGUGAGGGGCUAAGUAAAGAGGAGGAGGAGGACACAGCAUCCACACAGGUCUCCCUACGGCAUCAUCAUUCAGCCUUCCAACACCUAACAGUAUGGCAGAGGGCUCAGGAACUGUGGCAGAGGUGGAGACCUCAUUCAAGAAGUUUGCUGUUCACGGAGACACCAAGGCCACCGGCAAGGAGAUGAACGGCAAAAACUUUGUCAAACUCUGUAAGGACUGCCGCAUCAUCGACGGCAAGAAUGUCACCACCACCGAUGUGGACAUUGUCUUCAGUAAAGUCAAGGCCAAGACAGCCCGGGUCAUAACGUUUGAACAGUUCAGCCAGGCUCUGGUGGAGUUGGCUCCUAAGCGCUUUAAAGGGAAGGGCCAGGAGGAGGCGCUACAGCAGCUCUACGGCCUCAUCGCUGGCAAGGAGCCUGCUAACGCGGGCGUCACUAAAGUGGCGAAGGCGGCUGCGGUGGACAGGCUGACGGACACGUCAAAGUUCACCGGGUCACACAAGGAGCGUUUCGACGAGACAGGCAAGGGGAAGGGCAAGGUUGGGCGAGAGGAAGUCCCUGACGCCAGUGGCUAUGUGGGUGCAUACAGGGGCCAAGGGAGCUAUGAGGACAAGGUCAAGGAGGCAUAGUGUAUAGCAGAUGCCCAUACCCAGCCAUUAACACCCCACAUACUGUACAGUCAGUUAGAGCUGUGUAUACACUGCAUAGAAUGAAUUGGUAUGUUCAUAAAUUACAUUAUGAUGCAUUAGCUUAUAAAAUGUGCUGGGGUCCAUACAUUGAUAGGGACCAAAUAAUUUGUCCGCCAAAGUCAAUGACUUCACUUCUUAAUAUACUUUGAGUUACUACACCUACACUACUGACCCUGCCCCCCUGCCCCCCUGUCCCCCUGCAUCCCUGCCCCCUGUCCCCCUGCCCCCCUGUCCCCCUGCAUCCCUGCUCCCUGUCCCCCUACCCCCCUGUCCCCUGCCCCCCUGUCCCCCUGCCCCCCUGCCCCCCUGUCCCCCUGCCCCCCUGCCCCCCUGUCCCCUGCCCCCCUGUCCCCCUGCCCCCCUGCCCCCCUGUCCCCCUGCAUCCCUGCCCCCUGUCCCCCUGCCCCCCUGUCCCCCUGCAUCCCUGCUCCCUGUCCCCCUACCCCCCUGUCCCCUGCCCCCCUGUCCCCCUGCCCCCCUGCCCCCCUGUCCCCCUGCUUCCCUGCCCCCUGUCCCCCUGCCCCCCUGUCCCCCUACCCCCCUGCAUCCCUGCCCCCCUGCCCCUGCAUCCCUGCCCCUCUGUUCCUCUGCUUCCAUGGCCCUAGCCUGCCUUACCAGUUUCUAUACUACUCCACCACACAUUGUGCCUUAUUAUUCAGAUCGCUACUAACACAGACACCCUGGUAUCAUGCACGGCUUCCAUCCACUGCCCUCUCAGAGGACGCCCUCGGCUUAGUGACUAGAAAGUUGUGGGAAUGCGAUGAACUACAAUAUAAAUAGGUUGCACGAUUAGCGCUUGGCUUGUUAUCACCAAAUAAAGAGAGAAUGUACAGUGGAUGAGGGCUGUUCUCUCCACCCCUCUCCUCUGAACACAAUGGAGUUGAUGGAUUGUUGUACUUGAGUAUAGAGACUGAUCCUGACAGUCCUCCAGUGUCUACUCCCGGAAUGUUCUCCGUUAUCACUGAGUGUUUUGUAUUAAACACUUCUCUGUCUCCCUCUAAUAUGGAGAUCUGAAUAUUGUAUGUAAACCUUUAAAUAAAUCAGUACAAUGAA